GAGAAGCAGAAAUGAAGGUACACGUGCACACCAAGUUCUGCCUUAUCUGCCUGCUGACGUUUGUCUUCCAUCACUGCAACCACUGCCAUGAAGAGCACGACCAUGGCCCGGAAGAGCUGCACAGACACCACCGCGGGAUGACGGAGCCGGAGCCCGGCAAGUUCUCUGUGCAGGACGCCGAGAACGAACAGAGGUACUAUAUCGAAAGACUCUUUGAUCGUUAUGGCGAAAACGGAAGAUUAACCUUUUUCGGUCUGGAGAAACUCUUAACAAACUUGGGCCUGGGAGAGAUAAAAGUAGUGGAGAUCAGCCACGAGGACCUGGGCCACGACCACGUCUCCCACUUGGAUAUGCUGGCCGUCCAGGAGGGCCGGCACUCGCACUCCCACGGCCACGCGCACGAGCCCGUCGGCCCGGAACCCAGCCGCGCGCCAGCCGCCGCCGAGGCCAACAAGACGCAGGAGCAGGCGGAACUGAAGCCGCGGAAAGGGCGGAAGGACAAAGGGAAGAGAAAUAACGAGAACUCGGAGGUUAUCACCCCGGGCCUCCCCCCUGCCCACGCCCAGGGUGAACCGUAUGAGCACAAUCGGGUGCACAAGCCCGACCGUGUGCAUAACCCUGGGCAUUCUCACGCUCACCCAGAGCACAGCGGGCACGACCCUGGUCACGGGCAUCAGGACCGCGCGCCCGAUGAUGAAGGUGAGCUUCGGCACACGCGGAAGCGAGAAGCACCGCAUGUCAAAAAAAGUGCAAUGUAUUCAGCUGCUAGUCACAAGGACCACGGUGAGGAUGACCACCACCACGAGUGUUUGAAUGGCACUCAGCUGCUGAAACACUUCGGGCACGGAGCCAACUCCCCCAUCUCACCGACCCUGUUCACGUACCUGUGCCCCGCGCUGCUCUACCAGAUCGACAGCAGGCUCUGCAUCGAGCAUUUUGACAGACUUUUAGUUGAAGAUGUAAAUAAGGAGAAGCACCUCAUUCCUGAAGAUAAGGCAAACAUCGGGGCCUCGGCGUGGAUCUGUGGCAUCAUCUCUAUCACUGUCAUCAGCCUGCUCUCCUUGCUGGGCGUGAUUUUGGUUCCCAUCAUUAAUCAAGGCUGCUUCAAAUUCCUUCUCACAUUCCUUGUCGCGCUGGCUGUAGGAACCAUGAGUGGAGAUGCCCUCCUUCACCUGCUGCCUCAUUCACAGGGUGGACACGAGCAUGGCCAUCACCACGCGCAUGGCCAUGGGCACGGACAUUCUCACGCACACGAGGCAGAGGGCUUUUUAGGGGAGUACGACGCGGUGCUGAAGGGCCUCGUCGCUCUAGGAGGCAUUUACGUACUGUUCAUCAUCGAGCACUGCAUCAGAAUGUUUAAGCACUACAAGCAACAAAGGGGAAAACAGAAGUGGUUCAUCAAGCAGAGCACAGAAGAGUCAACUAUUGGAAGAAAGCUUUCAGAUCACAAGUUAAACAACACACCAGACGCUGACUGGCUCCAACUCAAGCCUCUUGCUGGGACCGAUGACUCUGUUGUUUCUGAAGAUCGCCUCAACGAAACUGAACUGACAGAUUUAGAAGGCCAGCAGGAGUCCCCUCCUAAAACUUACCUGUGCAUGGAAGAGAAGAGUGCAGACCACACCCACAGUGAUGGGCUGCACAACCAUCAGGGCGGGAGCAAGGCCGCACCACGGAAGCAUGGGCACCAGUGGCACCACAAGCACUCCCAUCACUCACAUGGACCCUGCCACUCCGGCUCAGACCUCAAGGACACCGGGAUCGCCAACAUCGCCUGGAUGGUCAUCAUGGGGGACGGCAUCCACAACUUCAGCGAUGGGCUCGCCAUUGGAGCGGCGUUCAGUGCUGGGCUGACGGGAGGAAUCAGCACUUCCAUAGCCGUUUUCUGUCACGAGCUGCCACAUGAAUUAGGUGACUUCGCCGUGCUCCUCAAGGCCGGCAUGACCGUGAAGCAGGCCAUCGUGUACAACCUCCUCUCCGCCAUGAUGGCUUACGUGGGCAUGCUCAUCGGCACGGCGGUGGGCCAGUACGCCAACAACAUCACACUCUGGAUCUUCGCCGUCACCGCGGGCAUGUUCCUCUAUGUAGCCCUGGUGGACAUGCUCCCGGAAAUGCUGCAUGGUGACGGGGACAAUGAGGAGCAUGGCUUCUGUCCCGUGGGGCAGUUCGUCCUGCAGAAUUUAGGGCUGCUGUUUGGGUUCGCCAUCAUGCUGAUCAUCGCGCUCUAUGAAGACAAAAUCGUGCUCGACAUCCAGUUCUGAGGGUUUUGGGGAGGGAGCCCCCGAGGACGCGAGCGAGGGUCCCUGGCGGCGUGCACUGCUCACGCGUCCCGUAGAUUGAGCCCCGCCCCGAGACUGGUGCUCAGCACGCUCUCCCCGAGGAAAGGGAUGUUUGAUGUUCGGGACAGGAGAAAAUGGGACUCCAUGAACUAGGGUCAAUGUAUGUUUGACUUUUUAAAAAGUAAUCAUAUAAAACACUAAAGUAGUCUCCUUAUUAGUAGAAACUUCUGUGGCUAUGCAGAAAUAAAAAUUGAACCAAAAAAUCAUUUAAACCUUAAGGCUAUUCGAGAGGAACUUUGGGCGGACACGGCUGUGUGUGCUAAGGGUGAAAUGUAGUGAGUGCCCUUUAUUUCAGCUCCAUUCCUAUGGUGAUAGGGAUCAACUUGACACAACUUUGAAAGCACGUAGUAGAUAGAUAGGAGCUAGAGGAAAGCUCAGGCUGCGCAGAAUAUGAAUUAGCAUCGGGGAGACCUUAUUCUUGAAUCUAGAGUUACUAUUUUUGUAUAUAUUUGCAUAGUGUUUAAACUUGCAGCCUAAACUACUGAAAUUUGUGAUUGUACGUUUGUGUGAGCUUCAGUUUAAUGACAGAUUCAUAAUGGUUCUUUGUACUAUUAUAAUACUUGGUGUUUGGGGUAUUUUUCUGGUUUUUUUAGACUGUAAUUUUGUUUUUGUUUGGGGGAGGUGAGGGUGUCAGAGCAUGUGGUCAAAUGUUUUUUCCUUAUGAUUACAACCUUCUAGAAUAUAUCAAAGAUGUGAACCCAAACAUGGUCAAAACUGCUCAGUUUUCCAACUUGACAGUACUAACUAGGUUAUUGGGAAAUUCAAGUUCCAAAGGUUCACAUCCCAGUUUGGCAUUGGAACCCAGGCACCUGCUGUGACUGGCUGUAAGUUGCAAGGCAGAGAAGAUCCAAGUUUACAGCUGUCUGGACUGUGUGGCGAAGAGUCACCUGCGCAGUGCCGCGACAAACCCAUCCACACUAGGCAGUCAUGGGAUCAGAACCUGAUCCGAAGGCUCUUGGUCCUUUGUGCCAAGACGUGCUACGGGUGCCUGGUAGGGACCGGUUUCUUGCUAGGUGCCCAUUCUGCUGCAGUCAUCUUGCACGUGACUUGUGAGAAGCACAAGCCACAUUUCUCCUUCCUCUGGCGUGGUGAUCUAGCACUAGCCAUGCAUGUAGACCUUGUUUACACUCUGUGCCCAUGGUUUCUCCCUCAUAGCCGGCCAGCGUGCCUGGCGCUGUGCCCACAGCUGUGUCUCUGUCUGCCUGGCAGCCAGAGCAGCUCUGUACUGAUCUUCCCGCUCAGACAUGUAACAGCCAAACUCUGCAUUCCUUGUGAGACGUUUCCACUGAGUCCUCUUCUCCACCCAGUUCUUCUCCUCUUACGCUAUGGACUUUCAAAAAACAGCCGAACUUCGAGAGCAGCACACCCAUGCUGGUGUUAACAGAUUAUCGCCAGUGUUUCUUCCUUGCGCCGCAGCAGGGGAGCAGACGUGUUACAUCUUUAAUUUAUGCUUGAAUCUGAAAAUUACUUCUGCUUUUCUCGUGGCCUCUUUGUAGUAAAACAGAGUAUUUUUUUUAAACCACAUAGAUCGUUUUCAGCAUUGGGCACUGAACUGGGACAGCCCGCAUUUCAUUGCUUGGCCCGUCGAGCGACCUAGCAAAAAGGUGCUGACGUUUUAUUGAGUACUGCCGACUUUCAGUGAUCUUGCUUUCUGAACCAGGAAUCGUUCAUUUUGGGGGUUUUAUACCCAAGGAGGAUUCUGCAUUCCAGCUUUAAAUCUGCUUCAUUUAAAAGCAACAGCUGGAAUAUAUUCCCAGUCUUAAAAAAUAAAUGCCUCAUGUAAAGCAGAUAGGUUAUGCUAAGGUAUAUAAAGUUUUAUAUUCUCUCAGAAGUGGUAUUAUCUUUCUUUGCUAGAUUUUCUUAACUUCGUAAGAGGUCUGUAAAAGUUGCUGCUAGUAUUUUGCUAAGUUCCACCAGUGGUUAGUUUUCACAUCAUUUUUCUGGUGCAGAAUUUCAAGUCUUACUAGACAAUCUUAAUUCCACUACAUUUCUGUUUGGCUCCAACAUUCCAUCAGCUUGACCAAUCUAAUUUUAACAUGGGUUUGUUGGAGGUCAUUAAUGUUACUUGUACAACGCUGUCACUGUGUGACAUCCAUAUGAAUUUUGAUGUAUAUCACAUUGCAUUUAAUCAGCUGUGAUUAUGCUUAGAAAUACUAUAGUAGCUAUGUGCAGUGUGAACUUUUUCCAUUAACAGUAAGUUAGUGGCUUAAUGUGAUUAUGGUUCUGCAAGGUGAUUCUUGCUAAAAUAUCUAAAACUUUUUGUUGUAACCGAAAUCAUUUUUUAAAAAUUUAUAAAGCUGGAAA